AUGGAUUCUAGUCUUGUAUAUCAAUUCAUUCAUGUCCUUUCUCUUCCUUUAACAUUCAUUCUCAUGUUGGUGUACAAAGAUCAUAAAAAUCAUCCUACAAUAGCAUGUUAUUCAGGAACAUUAUUUCUAUCAUCACUAGUAUCAAGUUUAAUAGGCUUUAUCCGAUUAAUUCAAAACUCAAAAUCUGAACAAAAUAUCAUUUGCAGCCUUCAGGCCGUUUUGAUGAUUUAUGUUAUGCUUGCUUCAGAUAUAUGGCCCGUUUGUAUCGCUUUUAAUGUUUGGGUUCAAUUUAGUUCUAAUAGUUUACAAGGGAGGGAUAGAUGGUCUAUUAGGAUGUUAUUGUUCGUUUAUGCAAUAAUGAGUUGGGGUGUGCCUGUAUUCUUAACUCUCGCAGCUUCCAUAAAACCUAUUAUGAAUGGAGAUAUGAUUCCUUGGCCCAAUUACUGUAUGCCUACUCCGUCUGGAAUUCUCGCAGCUAUCUUUUUCAUAGGUGCAGCGGCCAUAAUCACAACUUUAGCAUUCUCAGAUUGUCUUAUUCAUUUCAAUUUUGUAGUAUUCUUUGGAACCACAUCUGAGGCAGCUCGUAAAUAUUUGCCAAAAUGUUGUUUUUCAUAUAAAAACAAAAACAAUGUACUCGUAAGACCUUCGAUGAUAAAUCGAUCUUUACGAAAAAGCACAACCACCCCAUCUUUGACAUCACGUGAACAUUCUCUGGAUGAUCCGAAUGUAGUAACUGAAGAAAAAAGCUCUCCACAAACUCCUCAAUCGAACUUUGUAAUGCCAGGUGGCAGUAGUGUGUCGACAUUUAGUCAACGCAUGAAUCCGAAUUCACCUGAUCCAUUUAGUCAUCGUAAAAAUCCUUCUUUGACAAUUAAAAUUGAUCCUAUCAGACCUGCAAGUGAUUCAAAGAUGGCUAAUUCUAAGGUUUCAUAUGUCCGAAAAGGCAAAGAAAGAGCAACUGCUAUAAAGAAAUCUCUUUUACACAAAACUUAUGCGGACGACUCAAACGAUGAUUAUAGUUACUUAAAUGUGCUAUCUUAUGGACCUAAGAAUCAAGAUUCUUCGAAAAAUAAGAAAGUCCAUGUGUCGCGUGGCAAAUCCUCUGCUUUCUAUGAAACAGCAAUGCCAAAUCGUAGAUCUCCGCGCCAAAUGCGACACACUAUUACCGAAGGAAACAAGACUCAAUCCCGUGAUAUUUCGGAUGAACCAGUCAGACAUCUCUUGAAACAAUUUUCGUUCGAAAAACGACAUAAAUCUGAAUCUAUACUUAAACUUCCAUCUGAAUUUGGCAUAAAAACUCAUUCACAUCAUAGUUUGCUAUCACUAAAAAGAGAAAUAGAUAAUCAUGUGGAAAAUGUAAUGUCAUCAUCGACUACAUCACAAAUAAUAGUGACGGGUGAUUCGCAAAGCAUAAUAUCAUUGCCACAACCGUUAUCCUCAUUAAUGCCUCAAACAGGAUUAUCAGCGCCUCCACAUAAAUCAUCCAAAGAGUCCAUAAAAAAAGAAACAAUAAAUUAUCCUCCAAAUUUCUACCUCACUGUAAAUAACGGUUCUUCCUCGUCGACAAAUGCGACAUUUGGAUCACCGAUAACUUCAAAACCAAUGGUGACAGGCAUUGUUAAUUCCACUCUCGAUCAAAACCAUUCUGCGGAAAAUAGUAAUAAUCUUUUAUUUCGUCCACCACCGUUAAGAUUACCAUCGACGCCUUCAUUUGGCACAAUGGCAGUACGUUCGACAAAAAGCAGAACAAAUACGCAAUCAUCAUCAAGUUCAAAAUCCUCAAAAACAUCAUCCAAUAAUCGAAGUAGUGCUGGUACCACAAGGUCUUCUAAUGGAUUUACUUUAACACCAAGAGGCAGUCAUCCUUUUAAUACUACACGACCUGUAACCAGUAACGAUAAUGGAUCAUCACUUGCUUUUGGUGAUGAGAACGAAGAGAGGAUGGGAGAGCUUAGGCAAAUUGUAGAAGAAUUUGAUCAAGCUUCAUUUAAAACACAGAAUUCAUCACAGUGA